AAAAAAUAAAAAUUAAUUUUAAUUAUAAAACAUCCCUCCUCCACCCAACCACUAGCCCAGCCACUUCCCUCCCGUAGUCCCCUCUCCCCCUCUACUUCCGGCGGCGCCGCUCCGGCUGCCCCUCCCACUUACUCUGGCUGCCUUUCCCGAACCCUCAAUCGUCCCUCCUCGUCCCCCCCCCCUAAUCUACCACAACCACCAAUACACUUUCCCUGUUUUUAUGAAAUUAAAAUCCCCAAAACCAAAGUCGUUCUUCUUUCCUUUCUUUUGCUACUCACUAUCUUCACCAAUCAACCAUCAUCAAUUGUCCUCGCUGACCGUCACCAUCAUGUCAGUUAGCAUUAUCAUCAACAAGAAUAAAAAAAAAAACAUGGUAGUUGGCUUAAUUGAAUCAAUUGAUUUGGGCUAAAAUUGAAGCUUGCGACUAUAAAUUAUGGGCUAGCGGCGCUACUCGGUAGUGAGGCGGUGUGGUGAUGCUGGUUGCAGGUUGGUGUGACGGUGGAUGGUUGUUCAGUGUGUGGUGGUCAUGGGGAAUUGCCCGAUUGCUGGUGUUGCGGACUUUGUGCGUGAGGGAGUAGGGGCUUGGAAAUUGAGCUUCAGUGCCGGUACCGACUCCAACAGUGGAGAGGGAGAGGGAAGGGGGUGGCUGGCUGGUUGAGGGAGGGGUGGUUAUUUUUUUUUUUUAAAAGAUUAAUUAAAUUAUGAUAACUAACCUUAGUUAAGUAUUUUUAGUUAUUAUAACACUAACCUUGGUUAAACUUAACAGCCAGUUAACGGUUUUAGCUAAAUAAGGUCAUGGAAGUAACAUUUUAAAAAUAGGAGGCUACCAAAGAUAAUUCAUAUACAAAGUGGCUACCAUUGGAAAUAUGCAAAAGUAAGCGGCUACCUCGAGAACUUUCAAGUUAACAAUUUUAGUUCUUUUAUCUAACACCUCGAGAACACUUGUUUGCUUCAGCCUUACAAUAUUAAGAGGAAAGUUAACAAAAAAAGGUUUUUUAGAUAAAAGUAAUAGAAAAAUCAAGUUUAUAAUCUGAUAAACUUGAAGGGUUGUAGGAGUACUUUCAAGUGGGCAGUUAAGGGUAUAAUUGUCAUUGACACCGUCAAUUGAACUGAUAACAUAUUAGUUGGUGGGAUAUAAUUAAGAGCAUUUAAUUUGGUGGUAAGCAUAAUCUAGUCCUUUAAGCAACUCCGAUUACGAAAUCUCAAUUUCAAUGGAGAAAACAAAGGAGGAGUUAAAGCUCACAAGCAAACGACAAAAAUCUACUCUAUAGGGUUAAUCAUGCUCUUUAUGUCUAGCUCCAUUAUUUUUCUUAGAGUAUUCGUUUAAUUUGAGAAAGAAGUCGCCGGAAGUGGUGAUGUUGGUGUUGGGAGAAGGCUUAAGUGAAGCGGAUUGAAGACGAUGAUGAAGGUGGGUAGGGAUCGGAGGAAGAAGAAAUGAAGAUGGGUAGAGAUCGAAGGAAGAAAAAAGAUGAACACCUUUAUCAUUGUCUCGAGUCUCUCAACCAUCUAUAAGAAAAUACAAGUUUAUUUUCGUGAUAAACAAAUUGUGUUUAAUAUGAAGAUAUAAUUGUCACUCUUAAGAUUAAUAAUACCUCCGUUCCAAAUUACUCGCUACUUUGGGUAGUAUUUGUGAGAUAUAAAAUAUUACAAAGUUGCGAGUACCGGAGGAAGUAUAAACACUUCAUCCUAUUAGAUGAUGAAUUGAUGAUGGUGUGGCGCAAAUAUGACAAAAGUAUACUUCCACCUUCCAAGUGAGAAAGAAGUAGGAAAAGGAAAAAAAAACAACAGUCCCGACCCUAUCUCACUUGCUAGUAGAGUACUUCGUAGAAGCAUAGUAUCUGUAAAUUUGCAAUUAAUUCUACUGUAAUUUCAAUAACUAAUCCCCUUAUCCAUCCUUAAUCCAGACCUAAAUUUCAUACCAAAAUCUCAAUCACAGACCAAAAAAAAAUGGAUGUGCUAACUUUCGGAAUAAUAAUCGGAAUUAUAAUUCUAUUUUUCGCCAUUGUUUGCAUCAUCACCAUUGAAGGCACCUGCAACCGCCGAUCCACCUAACACCCCCUUAAUCACUCUUUCUCUCUCCUACUCUACUCUAAUGCCGUUGAAUCAAUUCAGUAGUCGUGAAAUUAUGAUAAAUGCAUUAAUCGGUGGUGGUUUGACGGCAUUUUACGGUGGUUUUCCGGUCGUUGAGCGCCGCUUUGUCGGUGGUGCUGAGCAGGAAUUGGAAUUGGAAUUGGAAUUGGAGAGGCAUGGAAUGAAGCUCGAUCCGGCAUCGGUGUCGUUUACGCCGAAUUUGGAUGAAGGAUUUGUUGUAUUAUGGGAGUUUGAUUGUACUGAGAUCUCUAAGUUGUGCUUUCGAAAUGCAGCUGCUUAUCUUAGGUUUCUUUUAUGCAGAUAUAAGAGUCAGCUUGAGAGUUUGCAUAAACUCUUGGAUCCAAUUUGGGAUACACCGACUUUUGGAAUCUCAGAAGCUGCCUCGUCUUUUGAUAGCAAGAUGAAAAAUAAGCUGAAUGAGUUAACUCAUUGGUCAGCCUGCCUUCAACAUGCUGUCUCCCUUGGACAAAAAGAGAUGGGGGAUGUUAUGGGCCUUCUUUUGUCCCCAGCUUCUAAUGUACUGUUCUGCUGGAUAACAGGGAUGUUAUGGAACUUUUCCGGAAUUACUAUUUUGCAGGGAUGAUUUCGAAACCCACAGAAGAUACUAAUGCUUAUGGAUCGUAUGAUGUAAAACAACUCAUUUUCGAAUUGUUCCUAUCUCAGCAUAUUUAUAGGAAGCAAGUAAAGCAGCAUACUACAUAGCUAAUCUAGGUCACUUGACAGAUUACAACAAAGAUAUAGAUCAUGUAUCGAUGUAAAUUUUCUUAUUUUAUUCUUGUAGAUAGGUUGUGUUGGGAGAAAACGUGCUUUGUUUUCAUCAGGGUCCAAUUUAGUAGGUGAGGCACCUUAGGAGUGGUGGGAUGAUAAGAGAAUCCCCACCUCAAUGUCGUAAGAUACAAAUCUUGCCACUAGACCAAGUACUACGUGGUAAGCAUAUGUAAUGUUUGUUACCUUUCAAAUAUUAUGCAAAUUCAAUUACCAAAAUCCUUAUUCACUUCGGAAAUAAAUACACUAAAUCUUGGAAGUUGAUGCUCAAGCUUGAAAAUUU